AAAAGAUUAUACGGAUAUCGAAAGUAAAUUUGCCCGAAGGACCCCCGAGAACACAGUUGAGGACACCUGUCACCUCAUUCCUGGAGUAACAGAAUCUGUGGCCAACUGCCACUUCAACCACAGCAGCAAAACCUUCAUGGUGAUCCAUGGCUGGACGGUGACAGGGAUGUAUGAGAGCUGGGUGCCGAAACUUGUGGCUGCUCUGUACAAGAGGGAACCAGACUCCAAUGUCAUUGUGGUGGACUGGCUGCGGAGGGCCCAGCACCAUUACCCAGAGUCUGCGGACUACACCAAGCUGGUUGGAGAAGAUGUAGCCAGGUUUAUCAACUGGAUGGAGGAUGAAUUUAAGUACUCUGUGGACAAUGUCCAUCUCUUGGGAUACAGCCUUGGAGCCCACGCUGCUGGCGUUGCUGGGAGUCGGACCAAUACGAAGGUCAGCAGAAUUACAGGCCUGGAUCCAGCCGGACCUAACUUUGAGUAUGCAGAAGCUACCAGUCGCCUUUCUCCUGAUGAUGCACAAUUCGUGGAUGUCUUACACACAUUCACCAGAGGAUCACCAGGCCGAAGUAUUGGAAUCCAGAAACCAGUGGGGCAUGUUGACAUUUACCCCAAUGGAGGCUCUUUUCAACCCGGUUGCAACAUUCAGGAUGCUCUCCGUGUGAUUUCCCAGAAGGGUUUUGGAGAUAUGGACCAACUAGUGAAGUGCUCCCAUGAGCGCUCCAUUCAUCUCUUCAUUGAUUCCCUGUUGAAUGAAGAGAACCCAAGUAAGGCUUACAGGUGCAACUCCAAAGAGGCCUUUGAAAAAGGGCUCUGCCUGAGUUGCAGAAAGAACCGUUGUAACAACGUGGGUUACGAGAUCAACAAGGUCAGAGCCAAAAGAAGCAGCAAGAUGUACCUGAAGACUCGCUCACAGAUGCCCUACAAAGUGUUCCAUUACCAAGUAAAGAUUUACUUUUCUGGGACUGAGACUACCACGUACACCAACCAGGCCUUUGAGAUCUCUCUGUAUGGCACGGUGGCCGAGAGUGAGAAUAUCCCCUUCACCCUGCCUGAAGUGUCCGCGAAUAACACAUACUCCUUCCUGAUCUACACGGAAGUGGACAUCGGGGAGCUCCUAAUGCUGAAGCUGAAGUGGAUCACUGAGUCCUACUUUAGCUGGUCAAGCUGGUGGGGCCGCCCUACCUUUACCAUCGAAAAGAUCAGAGUAAAAGCAGGAGAGACACAGAAAAAGAUCGUCUUCUGUUCCAGGGAGAAAGUGUCGAAGCUGCAGAAGGGAAAAGAGGCUCCAGUGUUCGUGAAAUGCCAUGACAAGUCUCUGAACAAGAAGUCUGGCUGACACCGGGCAAAUAUACAGAAAGAAGAUUAGUACAGAAGCUCUGUGAAGAACAAAAUGAAUUUUACAAAAGAUGUUCAGUGCUUUGGGUGCUUAAAAGUGAAUUUUCCUGAGUAUUAAUCCCAGCUAUCUCCUGCUUAGUUCAAUGAGGAGAAUCUCAAAUACUAAAAAGUGACUAAUUCAAUUCAAGGGCUCUAGUGGGUAAACUGCACAUCCUCCAGCAUUAAAAGAUGGUAAAUGCGAAAAGCUCCGUGUUUUGUCUUUUGAGGGAACAAAAAAUUGUGCCCAUAGUAA